UUUACACAAACAUGAAAGCUGCAGACGACAGGCUGCUCUUGCUCAUUUUCUGUUUGUUUAGCUGUUUAUUUUCUUUAUUGCUUUUUAUGAAAUGUUACUUUCCAUUGAAACAUGGACUAGAGGGCUAUGCAGCACAAGAGUCUGCACCUCACGAACCAGGUUCUGAAAUAAAUGAAAAUCCAAAGGCGAUUUACCGACGUCUUGUGCUGAUGGUGAUCGAUGCUCUACGAGCGGAUUUUGUUGUGAGGGAUCCCCCACUCAUGCCUUUUACACGACAAUUGCUGCGCCAGCGGCAUGGUGUUUUAUUUUUAGCAAAAACACAACCGCCAACCGUUACUUUGCCUAGGAUCAAGGCCAUUACAACAGGCAGCAUUCCAGGCUUUGUGGAUGUUGUGAUGAAUUUUGGCUCCCCUGUCCUAGCAGAUGACAACAUUGUGACACAAAUGAAGCGAGCAGGAAAAACAGUGACCUUCUUUGGUGAUGAUACUUGGCUGAAGCUGUUUCCAGACCACUUUACACGUAGUGAUGGCACAACCUCCUUCUUUGUCACAGACUAUACAGAGGUUGAUACCAACAUAACAAGACACCUUGCAGCAGAACUGGUUGCAGAUGACUGGGAAAUAAUGAUACUACACUACCUGGGACUAGAUCACAUUGGACAUAUGUCAGGACCUCGAAGUCCCCUGGUUCCUCCAAAACUACGAGAAAUGGACACUGUUGUCCAACAGAUUUAUUCCGCAAUGGAAUCAUGGAAUGGUGAGAAUACUGCCAGUAUUUUUGUCAUCUGUGGAGAUCAUGGAAUGAGUGACCAGGGUGGACAUGGUGGUGCUUCCCUUGGGGAGAUUAUUGUGCCCAUCAUCAUGCUAAGUCCUCAUGUGUUGUUCCAAUCCUAUAAAAUCAGGCAAGACACCAACCAUGAUGGUGCAAAAAAUGAAAUGGUGUACCAAGAACUGCAGCAAAUAGACCUGUGCCCUACUCUGGCUGCAUUGCUGGGCCUACCUUUUCCCCAGAACAACCUUGGGCUGCUGGAAGUGACUGCACUUCCAGAGAAAGUUGCGAUCAGGCAGAAGGUCAAGUUUUUGGACCUCAAUGCUGCACAAGUAGUCCGCCUGUUAGAAAAGAAUGUGGCUGACCUAGAAAAAGACCAUACAUACAAUCUGUACAAGGCAACAGUUAGAGACCAUGAAGCCUGGCUUGGGCUAGAAAAUGUGACAGCACAUGAGGAGUGGGAGACAAUGGGCAUGAGGCUGGUAGCAGCAUAUCAGGAGACUAUACAGAGGAUGUCAGAUCAUAUUGCUCACCUGUCAACACACUAUGACAUGUAUGGCAUCAUCAUUGCCAUUGGCUUAUUGUGGAUGAUAUUGGGAAUCCUUCUUUUAGUGAGAAGAGAUAGAGCCAUAUUUCCAUCUGCACAUGGAGAUUGGGUCUCUACUGCUGGUCUUCUUGGAGCUGUAGGAGCCAUAUUAGGUCAUGUGACGGUGUGUACUAGUGUGUACAAAAGUGAGACUUUAUGCACAUGGAGUCCAACAGGCAUCAUGCUACAGACUCUUAUGCUUGCUGACUUGUUGUUUGCCUUUUUUCUACUGGUGCAUCUGUUUGCCAGAGACCUACUGAGCAGUCACAAGCCUCAUACUGUGGGCUUGAACUGGGUCGAAGUAUGUUUAAUAGGAUCGUGGCUGCUGCAAGCACUGUCUCUGAUGUCCAGCAGUUUUGUGGAGGAAGAACAUCAAACAUGGUAUUUCCUCACUACCUCACUGCACAUUUUCCUCCUCUUCACUCACCUUAUAGCUGCAUUAACCUCCAAAGCAACAUCACCAACUGGCAGAAUUCAUCCCUCUGUCACAGGGCAUGUUUGCCAGACUGAGUUCAGGGGUCAGGAAGCUGGCCAUGACCCUCAUGCUGCAGACACAUGGAGAGACUGUACAAUCACACAGCACAGUCAACAUAUUUUACUUCAAAGUGGUGUAAAGAAUGCAGAAAAGAAUUCAGAAUUCACAGAAAUUAGGGACUUCAGCAGAAGUGGUAAAUUCAGAAGAUAUAAGGAAGCAAGUAAUUUCUCUCAACACUGUGUGACUGCAUCAUGGAAACAACAAGUCAAGAGGGCAGCAAGCCUGCUGGCCAUACUCUUUGUUUUUCGUAUCCUGCGUCACUGGAAUCAAACAGGAAAUAAAUGGCUGGAGAUACCUGACGUUGGUGACUGGUUGGUCAGACCUGACAAGAAGCAAGAAUUGUCACUCACAGUUAUGGCCUCCUUGCUGACCUUGUUCAUCUCACGCAUGUCACACAUUCGAUCUUGGAUCAGUCGAGUUUGCUUUGCUGGUAGCCUUAUGGCAGCAUACUGCAGCAAAUCUGGGGCAGGGACUGUGUUGCUACCAUUCUUCCUGUCUGAAGCUGUGUCAUCUCGGGGUAUUUUUGAGGCUCGGCUCUCGUACCUGUUUAUCUUGAUCCUGUGCUUGAAGGAACUGUGGCAGUCACGAAUGCCUGUGGUCCUAAAGGGCACAAAGCUCCUAUGUUUUGACCACCACAAAGUGAUCACCACUGAUAGAUUUUACAUCUUCCUAGAAGCCUUGCAGGUGGCCUGGAUGUCACUGAUGUCUUUGUUGUUACAGCCACACAAUGUGCCAAUAGUGGCAAUGCUUUCUUUGAUAGAAAAUUUGACUAGCAUGAGUGUAGUGCCUGUGGUGAGACUGAAGCCCAAGUACCUGCUUCUGUACUGCCUUGCCAUGGGACAAGCCACCUUCUUUUUCCAGGGCAACUCCAACAGUCUAAGUACAAUAGAUGUGUCAGCUGGCUACAUUGCUCUUGAGCAAUACCAACCAGUAUUAAUAGGCAUUCAGAUUUGCAUCUCCACAUAUUCUGGUUUCAUCUUCUGGCUCCUCGCCUGCCUAAAGUAUAUUAAUCUGUCCAGCCCAUCUUGUUGGACUUGUACUCUGUGUGCCUUUGAAGACCUGGCACACAUGACAAUGCUGACGUGUGCUAUGCCAUUAGCCUUGUAUACAGUGACUGCAACUGUGCAGAGGCAUCAUCUGUUUGUAUGGACAGUGUUUUCACCUAAGCUGCUAUACAUGGCUACACAGAGCGGAGUUAUGUUUGUUUUUGUGGCUGCAUGUUUGCUAGCCGUCUUUGUUCUCAAGGGUAGCAGGAAUUAACAAUAUACACUGUCUGUUGAGAAGCAACCUAUUAUUUACUCAUUCCUACACUGUUAUGUUGUUGCAGCUGGCUGUUGUUACAACUGCUGAAUCAGCUUGUCACACUGUCAUCUCACUUGCCUCUCUUUUUUACAUAUGCUGCAGCAGCAGCUGGGGAACUAGCAUGCAUUCUUCAUAGACAGCAAAGUGCCUGAGAAAUCAAAGCCAUAAUUUAUACAAAUGUGAGUGAGAUGUAAGACAGAUUAAACAUUUCUGACAUUCA